AUGUGCAACAGGCAAUAUCGUCAGUAUAUUUUGCACGGCUGCGAUCCGACCAUCGCCACCUCCGUCGCGCCGCGCCUCGACGCCAUCUGCCGCGCGCACCGCCACCACGUCGUCAAGACGGUGCGGCUGCACGUCGCCGACCUGCUGCCGCUGCUCAAGAGCGGCGCCGACGUGCGCGUCGUCUACCUCGUGCGCGACCCGCGCGCCGUCAUCGCGUCGCGACGCAACGUCGGCAUCAAGCCGGUCAUCGCGUCGACGAUCCACGCCGUCUGCCACGACAUGCAGGCGAACUGGGCGACGGCGCGCGACGCCGGCGUGCUCGCCGACCGCCUGCUCGUGCUGCGCUACGAGGACUUCGUCACGGACAUCAAAACGUACAGCCGCGAGCUGCUGCGAUUCGCCGGCAUCGACUACGACGCCGCCGUCGGACGCUUCAUCGACGAGAUCGCGCUCGGUGGUCGCGACUCGACCGCGCACGCGUACGGCUGGAAGAGCGCGCUGUCGCUCGCCGAGACGCGAGCCAUCGAGAAGACGUGCGCGCCCUACCUCGAGUCACUCGGCCUCGCGCCGACGCUCCCGGAGGAGGAGAAGCCACAGGAGAAGCUGCAGGAGAAGCUGCAGGAGAAGCUGAAAGCGAAGCUGCAGAAGAAGCUGAAAGCGAAGCUGCAGGAGAAGCUGAAAGCGAAGCCGCAGGAGAAGCCGAGAGAGAGAAGCCGCAGAAGAAGCCGCAGGAGAAGCCGAGAGUAA